CAACGCCAAACCACCCUCAUUAUCGCUCGCGAACCCCGAAUCUGCUUUUCUUCCGGAAACGUGACUGUUGGAUGCUUUAAGAAGGAUUGUUCCAACUGUACAGUUCUGGGGGCUCUCCUGCACUGGAGUUGUCCGACCGGCUCUCUCAGCAACUGCUACAGGCCAAGCACGAAUUACUACUAGUCUUUCUUAAUCACAUCCCCCUCGGCGGAGUCUGCUAGUGGAAAGGAACCAUGGAGGACUUCAACAGCGAAACCGACAGUGACUACACUAGCUACUGGAGAGAUUGGUUCAUCUCAUCUCGUGGAAACGAAUACUUCUGCGAAAUCGACGAAGAUUACUUGACCGAUCGCUUCAACCUUACCGGCCUGAACACCGAGGUCGCCUACUACCAGUAUGCUUUGGACCUUGUGACGGACGUGUUCGACCUCGACGCGGACGACGACCUGCGCGAGCAAAUUGAGAAGUCGGCGCGUCACCUCUACGGUCUGGUUCAUGCCAGAUACAUUGUCACAACUCGCGGUCUUGCCAAGAUGGUUGAGAAAUACAAGCGCUGCGAUUUCGGCAAAUGCCCCCGUGUUAUGUGUGAUGGACACCCCCUCCUGCCCAUGGGCCAGCACGACGUUGCCAACCAGAGCACUGUUCGCCUGUACUGCCCCAAGUGCGAGGAUAUCUACAACCCCAAGUCGUCUCGUCAUGCUUCUAUCGACGGCGCUUACUUCGGCACUUCGUUCCACAGCAUGCUCUUCCAGGUUUAUCCUGCUCUGCUUCCCGAGAAGAGCAUUCGCCGCUAUCAGCCCCGUUGCUUCGGCUUCAAGGUGCACGCCAUGGCUGCCCUUGCGCGCUGGCAGGAUGCUUACCGGGAGGAGACAAAGGCGUCCCUUCGUGAAGCCGGUGUGGAAGCCAAAUACAUCGAAGACGACAGUGAGGAGGAAGAGCUAGAUGACGACGACGAGCCUAUCUCGGAGACCAAGGAAGAGAGAGUCGCCGGCGAUGCCGCCUCUGGCCGUAUGGAUCUUGGCAACUGAUUGACGCUCCCUGGCAUGAUCUUUCUGCUUCAUCGGAGUUUCCUCAUUUUCCUCUCAUAUCCACUUGGCAUGGGCGCAGCAUUAUGAACUUGCAUUUCAUCGCGCGUCUGGAUCGUUCUCUCCGGUUUCACUUCCUUUUUUUUUUUUUUUUUCUUUUUU